AUGUCUGCUGUGCAAGAAGUGCAAAGUCUUAUCCAACAAGCUCAGUCGAGCGGAGGAGCAAACGGUAAAGCUGCCAUUCAACGGGCAAUUGAGAUCUGUGAGAGUCAAAAACUGGACCCUAACUUAUACUGUAAGGUCAGAAUCGCCCUCGGAGACAUUUUGUUGUCUGAAGGUGACCAAAAGGGAGCUGUUGACCAGUACAAGCUUGCUGCCGAGCUUGAUGAGCGGGAUGGUGUGAUUAAUUCUCCAGAAGUUCAACAAAAGCUCAACAGUAUUUUGAACAACAUCGGUGGCUCGCUGAAUCGCGAGGUUGAACAAAAUCCAAACUUCGGAUCCAACGAGAGAGGAUUGAGCUCUAUGCUGUUAGGCCAAGUGAUGGGAGGUGGAGGCUCGACCUCGUCGCAGUUCGGUAUGCUUUCGUCGCUGCUUGGAGCUGGAGGAGGAAGCGCAUUGGGCGGCCUCGGAGGCUCUGGCGGAGGUGGAGGAGGAUUUGGUUCUGUGAUCUCUGCUCUUUCUGGUGCAGGUGCCACUCCUCAGCACCAACAGUCGCAAGGUGGGUUCAACCUCGGCUCGUUGCUCGGUGGAGGCUCUAGUGGAAGAUACAGCGGCCAAGGUGGCCAAGGUGGCUACGGCGGAGGAGGCAGAUACGACAACGACAGCGGCUACGGAGGGGGAGGAAGAUAUAACGACGACGGAUACGGUCAAGGCGGAGGAUUUGGCGGCUCUGGCGGCGGAUUUGGUGGCUCCGGUGGAGGAUUUGGAGGCUCUGGCGGCGGAAUGGGCUCGCUGGUGUCUGGACUGCUUGGCGGCCAAGGCGGCGGCGGUGGCGGAUUCGGAGGAGGAUUCGGCGGCGGCCGUAACGACAGAUACGACGACAAUGGCUUCGGACAAGGAGGCGGCGGAUUUGGUGGCCAAGGAGAUGGAGGAUUUGGCGGCGGAUUUGGCGGAGGAGGAGGACGUCGCAACGACGGUGGCGGCUUCUUCUAA